CACCUGUCCUCUGUAAUACACUGAGCUUACAUUUAAGAGGAAACAGUCAAGACAAGGAGAACAAAUAGAUCAAGAUGUGUAGCUCUGUGGCUGCCAAGUUGUGGUUUUUGACGGAUCGUCGCAUCAGGGAAGAUUAUCCCCAAAAAGAGAUUUUACGAGCAUUGAAGGCUAAAUGUUGUGAAGAGGAAUUGGACUUCAGGGCUGUGGUGAUGGAUGAGAUUGUGCUGACAAUCGAGCAAGGAAACCUGGGUUUACGGAUCAAUGGAGAACUAAUCUCUGCCUACCCCCAGGUGGUGGUAGUGAGAGUACCAACCCCUUGGGUGCAAAGUGAUAGUGACAUUACUGUCUUGCGCCAUCUAGAGAAGAUGGGAUGCCGACUGAUGAACCGACCUCAAGCCAUCCUAAACUGUGUUAAUAAAUUCUGGACAUUUCAAGAGUUGGCUGGCCAUGGUGUUCCAUUGCCAGAUACUUUCUCUUAUGGUGGUCAUGAAAAUUUUGCUAAAAUGAUUGAUGAAGCAGAAGUACUGGAGUUCCCAAUGGUAGUGAAGAAUACAAGGGGUCAUAGAGGCAAAGCUGUAUUCUUGGCUCGAGAUAAGCAUCAUUUGGCUGAUUUAAGCCAUCUUAUUCGCCAUGAAGCUCCAUACCUGUUCCAGAAGUAUGUAAAAGAAUCUCAUGGACGAGAUGUACGUGUCAUUGUCGUGGGAGGCCGGGUAGUUGGCACCAUGUUACGUUGUUCAACAGAUGGGAGAAUGCAAAGCAACUGCUCGCUAGGUGGUGUGGGGAUGAUGUGCUCAUUGAGUGAACAAGGGAAGCAGCUAGCCAUCCAGGUGUCUAACAUCCUGGGCAUGGAUGUGUGUGGCAUUGACCUGUUGAUGAAGGAUGACGGCUCCUUCUGUGUCUGCGAGGCCAAUGCAAAUGUAGGUUUCAUCGCCUUUGAUAAGGCUUGUAAUCUAGAUGUAGCUGGUAUCAUAGCGGACUAUGCCACCUCCCUUCUGCCCUCUGGCCGGCUCACCCGGCGUAUGUCCCUGCUCUCCGUGGUGUCCACGGCCAGUGAGACUAGUGAGCCGGAGCUGGGUCCCCCAGCCAGCACUGCUGUCGACAACAUGAGCGCAAGUUCCAGCUCUGUCGACAGUGACCCUGAAAGCACCGAGCGAGAGCUGCUCACCAAGCUCCCAGGGGGCCUGUUCAACAUGAACCAGCUGCUAGCCAAUGAAAUCAAACUCCUGGUGGAGUGACUCCACCGGUAAAUAAUUAACCAACAAUACUCUUGUAAAACUUUAUUUUCUUCCUUUUUUUUUUCCUUUUCUAUUUUAACCAACUUGCAAUGCUGUUCAUGGAGGAUGUUCAAGAAGAUAAUAGAAAAUUAGAGUUAGUUGGAGUGAAGAAGGGUAGAUGGAGGAGACCUCUGCUAGUGAGAUGUUACUGACUUGGAUUUAUAAAUCCCACAGAAUAGGUGGGAUAUAGAAAAUGUCAGGCUCAUAGUUACCCUUUUAAAUUACUAACAUUUGUUUGCUCUCAGGCCAUGAGGAAAAUAUAAAUUUUGGUCAUGGUCCCUUUUGUUUUUGAGCAAAAA